AUGCCCGGUGCUCGCCCACGAUGGAUACUGCACGUCCAGGCGCAGUUCUGGCGCGUCCUCAUGGGCAUCGGCAUGAUGCUGCAUAAGCUCGCGCGACCACUACCACCGCGACCGGCCUUCACCCAAGACAUUGACGCAACCAUCUCGCCUCUGAAGGGACGAUUCCGACUCAACUUCUACGUACCCAAGGACUACAAGAAACAAAAGAAGCUGAAGGGCAAUAAGAGAUACCCGGUAGUUGUAAAUUUCCACGGAGGAGGAUUCGUGCUUGGAACAGCAAAGGAUGAUGCGCGAUGGUGUGGAGUGGUGGUCGACCAAGUCGGUGCCGUCGUUGUCAGCGUCGACUACCGUCUGGCUCCCGAACUCCCCUUCCCUACGGCAGUCGAAGACGGCGCAGAUGCGAUUCUAUACCUGGCACAACAUGCGGACGAGCUGAUGCUGGACCCCGAGCGCUUCGCUGUCUCGGGCUUCUCAUCAGGAGGAAACAUGAGCUUCACCGUCCCUCUCUGUCUCCAGGGCGAACUCUUCGACCGCACUCCCUCGGGCGCACGCAUCAUCGACGGUAGAGCCGGCAGCGUCCCCAAUGCCUUGAUCACACCACCCGCAACCGCUGCGCCCUCGGCCACCCCCAACGGCUCCCGCGUGCCCCUCGUGCGCCAAAAGUCCCGUCUCGAUCGCAUUGCCAUGAUGCGCCAGACCGGCGCCUCUUCGCUCUCCCUCGUCUCCUCGUACAAAGAAACCGGCCAGGGCGGCGCCGUGUCCGUCAUGACCGAAGGCUCCAACACCAUCGUCAAGAUUCGGGGCAUCGUGUCCUUCUACCCUCCCACAGACUACACGCAAACCCGCGCCCAGCGCCGCGCCACAUGUGUCCGCGCGGACCAGAAUCUGCCCGCCGUCUUCACCGAACUCUUCGAUGACUCGUAUCUCCAGCCCCCAUCGCUCGAUCUCGCGCAUCCUUGGUUGAGCCCUGGCGUUGCGCCCGAUCGCAUGCUCGCAGCCCUGCCCGACGACAUUGUGCUCUUCUGCUGCGAGUGGGACAUGUUGCUUGCUGAAGGCGAGAAGUUCCGCGAUCGCUUGCAGAGGGAUUUGGGGAAGCGUGUGCAUUAUCACUGUGUACCCGGUGUCCCACACGGCUGGGACAAGGCGCCAAACCCGCUCCGCGAAAGCCCUGGCGCGCGACAGCAAUACAUGGUUGCGUGCAAGGAGCUACGGCGCAUGUUCGACAUCGAAGACGAUAACGACGGCGAUGACAGUGACGAAGGGACUGAGUUGCCUUGUCGGAAGUAUCACAAGAGUGUGGAUCUGGGCAGGAUGCAGGCUUAG